AUGGCUCUUGAAGAUAUCCGAGAAAUGGCCACUCAGUGGACAAGACAAUAUAUGUUUCCAAUUGGUUUAGUUGUAUUUCAAUGUGCAUUUAUUAUAUUAUAUGCAUUUCAUGCUGAUUAUGGAUUAGCAGUAGAAGCUAAUGGAACCGCCGCUUAUGAUGUUUCAUCUAAUGUUGCACCACCAAGAAGUAAUGUGGAAUUUUAUUAUUCAAUGUUUCAAGAUGUUCAUGUUAUGAUGUUUAUUGGUUUUGGUUUUUUAAUGACUUUUCUACGUCGUUAUUCAUUUUCAUCAGUAUCAUUUAAUUUCUUAGUUGCUGCUUUUGUCUUAGAAUGGGCUAUGUUAAUUCGUGGUUAUGUUUUUGAUUGGGAUGAUGUUAAAAAUAAAUUUCCUGUUGAUGUUACAAGUCUUCUUCAUGCUGAUUUCGUUUGUGCAGCAAUCUUAAUCUCAUUUGGUGCUGUUCUAGGAAAAACCAAUCCAGCUCAAUUAGUUGUUCUUGCAUUAAUUGAAGUUGUUAUUCAAGUAUGGAACGAAUAUAUUGGAGUAACAUAUUUCUGUACUUAUGAUGCUGGAGAAUCAAUAUUUGUUCAUAUAUUUGGUGCUUAUUUUGGUUUAGCUGCAUCCUAUGCACUUCAACGUAAAAGAACAGUUGAAUCUGAAAAAGAAAGUUCAAGUUAUGCAUCGGAUAUCUUUUCCAUGAUUGGUACAUUAUUUUUAUUUUGUUUUUGGCCAUCUUUCAAUGCUGGUACUGCAUUUGGUGAUGGAAGAUUACGUGCUAUUACUAAUACAUAUAUUAGUAUAAGUGCAUCAGUUAUAUUAACUUUUGUUGUCUCAGCACUUGUUGGAAAAGGUAAAGAAGAAAUUAUUCAUAUACAAAAUGCAACAUUAGCUGGUGGUGUUGCUGUUGGAGCAGUAGCUGAUAAAGAUAUUGGAUUAUUUGGAGCAAUGAUUAUUGGAAGUGUUGCUGGAACAAUAUCAACUUUAGGUUAUAAAUAUUUAUUAGAAUUAUUGAAACGUAUUAAUAUUCAUGAUACAUGUGGUGUACAUAAUCUACAUGGAAUGCCAGGUGUUCUAUCUGCUAUAGCUAGUAUUGUACUUACUAGUAUACCAUCCAGAUCACUUUAUCACGAAAAUUUAACACCAAAAUGUUUGGGUGGUGGAUUAAAUCGAUCAGUUGGAAUGCAAGCUGCUUAUCAAAUUGCUGGUGUUGCA